AUGGUCCGGCUGGGGCGGCUGCUGCGCGCCCUGACUUGGGUGAAGUCCUCCUGCUGCGUGCUCGAGGUGCUGCUGUGCGCGCUGGCGGCGGCGCGCGGCCAGGAGAUGUACGCCCCGCACUCCAUCCGGAUCGAGGGGGACGUCACCCUCGGGGGGCUCUUCCCGGUGCACGCCAAGGGGCCCAGCGGGGUGCCCUGCGGCGACAUCAAGCGGGAGAACGGGAUCCACAGGCUGGAGGCGAUGCUCUACGCCCUGGACCAGAUCAACAGCGAUCCCAGCCUGCUGCCCAACGUGACGCUGGGCGCGCGGAUCCUGGACACUUGUUCCAGGGACACUUACGCGCUCGAGCAGUCGCUCACUUUCGUGCAGGCGCUCAUCCAGAAGGACACCUCCGACGUGCGCUGCACCAACGGCGAGCCGCCCGUGUUCGUCAAGCCCGAGAAAGUGGUCGGAGUGAUCGGGGCUUCGGGCAGUUCGGUCUCCAUCAUGGUAGCCAACAUCCUGAGGCUUUUCCAGAUCCCUCAGAUCAGCUACGCGUCGACGGCCCCCGAGCUGAGUGACGACCGGCGCUACGACUUCUUCUCGCGCGUGGUUCCUCCCGACUCCUUCCAAGCCCAGGCCAUGGUAGACAUUGUGAAGGCGCUGGGCUGGAACUACGUGUCCACGCUCGCCUCCGAAGGAAGUUACGGAGAGAAAGGUGUGGAAUCCUUCACUCAGAUUUCCAAAGAGGCAGGUGGGCUCUGCAUUGCCCAGUCCGUGAGAAUCCCCCAGGAGCGCAAAGACAGAACCAUCGACUUUGAUAAGAUUAUCAAGCAGCUUCUGGACACGCCUAACUCCAGGGCCGUUGUGAUCUUUGCCAACGAUGAGGAUAUAAAGCAGAUCCUUGCGGCCGCCAAGAGAGCAGACCAGGUGGGCCACUUCCUGUGGGUGGGGUCAGACAGCUGGGGAUCCAAAGUGAACCCCCUGCACCAGCACGAAGACAUCGCCGAGGGCGCCAUCACCAUCCAGCCCAAGCGGGCCACCGUGGAAGGAUUCGAUGCCUAUUUUACGUCCCGUACGCUGGAAAACAACAGAAGAAACGUAUGGUUUGCCGAAUACUGGGAGGAAAAUUUCAACUGCAAGUUAACGAUUAGUGGGUCAAAGAAAGAAGACACGGAUCGCAAAUGCACAGGACAGGAGAGAAUUGGGAAGGAUUCCAACUAUGAGCAGGAGGGGAAAGUCCAGUUUGUGAUCGACGCGGUGUACGCCAUGGCCCACGCGCUUCACCACAUGAACAGGGACCUCUGUGCUGACUACCGAGGCGUCUGCCCGGAGAUGGAGCAGGCCGGGGGCAAGAAGCUGCUGAAGUACAUCCGCAAUGUCAACUUCAACGGCAGUGCGGGCACCCCCGUGAUGUUCAACAAGAACGGGGACGCUCCGGGACGCUACGACAUCUUCCAGUACCAGACCACGAACACCAGCAGCCCCGGCUACCGGCUGAUCGGACAGUGGACGGAUGAGCUCCAGCUUAACAUAGAGGACAUGCAGUGGGGCAGGGGCGUGCGGGAGAUCCCCUCCUCGGUGUGCACGCUGCCCUGCAAGCCCGGGCAGAGGAAGAAGACGCAGAAGGGCACACCGUGCUGCUGGACCUGCGAGCCGUGCGACGGCUACCAGUACCAGCUCGACGAGAUGACCUGCCAGCACUGCCCCUACGACCAGCGGCCCAACGAGAACCGCACGGGCUGCCAGGACAUCCCUAUCAUCAAGCUGGAGUGGCACUCCCCCUGGGCCGUCAUCCCCGUCUUCCUGGCCAUGCUGGGCAUCGUCGCCACCAUCUUCGUCAUGGCCACGUUCAUCCGCUACAACGACACGCCCAUCGUGCGGGCCUCGGGCCGGGAGCUGAGCUACGUGCUCUUGACCGGCAUCUUCCUGUGCUACAUCAUCACCUUUCUGAUGAUCGCCAAGCCCGACGUGGCCGUGUGCUCCUUCCGCAGGGUGUUCCUGGGCUUGGGGAUGUGCAUCAGCUACGCGGCGCUGUUGACCAAGACCAACCGGAUCUACCGCAUCUUUGAACAGGGCAAGAAGUCCGUGACAGCACCCAGACUCAUCAGCCCCACCUCGCAGCUGGCCAUCACUUCCAGCCUAAUAUCCGUGCAGCUCCUCGGCGUCUUCAUUUGGUUUGGCGUGGAUCCCCCCAACAUCAUCGUGGACUACGAUGAGCAUAAGACCAUGAACCCUGAGCUGGCCAGGGGAGUUCUCAAAUGUGACAUUACAGAUCUCCAGAUCAUUUGCUCCUUGGGAUACAGCAUCCUCCUCAUGGUCACAUGCACUGUGUAUGCCAUCAAGACUCGCGGUGUCCCGGAGAACUUUAACGAGGCCAAGCCCAUUGGAUUCACCAUGUACACGACGUGUAUAGUGUGGCUGGCCUUCAUUCCAAUUUUUUUUGGCACCGCUCAGUCUGCGGAAAAGCUCUACAUACAAACCACCACGCUCACAAUCUCCAUGAACCUAAGUGCGUCCGUGGCGCUGGGGAUGCUUUACAUGCCGAAAGUGUACAUCAUCAUUUUCCACCCUGAACUCAAUGUCCAGAAACGGAAGCGAAGCUUCAAGGCCGUAGUCACGGCAGCCACCAUGUCAUCGCGGCUGUCACACAAACCCAGUGACAGGCCCAACGGCGAGGCAAAGACAGAGCUCUGUGAAAACGUCGACCCAAACAAGCAGCCUCCGAGGACCCCGGCAUGCGCCGAGGGCUGAGGGACGUGUCUCCGCCCGUCGCUGCUGCACCGACCCACUUAGAAGACGUGACGUGGGCCUCACACCCGGUUUCUGUAAGUGUCGGGCCACGCGGAGGGGCCCUGCACGCGUGGCUGCCGGAGACCAGCUCCGGAGACCUGGGCUGAGGAGGGGGAGCCCAACAGACUGGAAACAAGGAACCGACAGACUCAAAACGGAGUCCGAACGCGGGCCCGGACAGGCCUGCCAGCCCGGCUCUCAGGUCCACUGACACAAACCGCCCCUCCUCGUUAGCUCCUAGACAGCGAACACUUCGGGCCCUGCGCUAUGGGGGUAGUGUGCCCCCUUUCCCAUCUCAGGCUUAGCGUCAUGACACAGGACAGGGUCUCGCGGCCUGGACACGGCCACCCCGAGGGUCCCCCGCCAGCCUCAGGACUUAGGGUCUCAGCGCAGGGUCCUCCCGCUGGCGAGGAGGGAGCCCCGAGCGGCGUGCUGUUCUCUGGGACCCCCCCACCCUGGCUCUGUCUCCUCCCGGCCGAUCGCUGGCUUCCUCGAGUUGAAGGGGGCACGGGCGGUCCCGAUGGGGCUCCCUGGGGACAGGGCGGCUCGUGCACAAGGCCCCUCUGCAGCGGCCGUGACCCGAGGCGGCCGCGGCCCCCGCCUGGCUCCGCGCUUCAGCUUGGCUGGCGUCCACCUCCGCUCUGCUUUGUCACUAUCAGCUGCUGAGAGCUGCGAAUCUGCCGCGGGCUUGCCGGGGAUGUCCAGUGUCCGGCUUUGUGCUGGGUCACUGGCCUUCCGCUGGGUCGCCCGUGGUCUCGGCACUUGGAGAAACUGACAGGAGCCGUCAGGGCUCAGGAGGCUGUGGAGGGCCCAGGCCGCCCGCUCUGUGGCUGUCUCUGGACCCCCACAGGGGCCUGGCCACGCGCAGAAGCUCACCCCGCAGUGGUAGUUCUGGGCGGCGAUGACUGGCACAGCACCCCGAAGCCUUCGCUUGUGAAAAAGCACCCGUCUCCCGCUGACGCUGGGGCACAGCAGCAAGCCCGUGAGCCCAGCUCGAGACUGGCCGAGACCGGGUCUUGGUCCAGUGGACACUGAACGCCGGCCUGCUCUGGAGGGUCAGUGUGACCACGCUGCUGCCUCACGGCAGUGUCCAGCCGGUGACCCUUGAGGAGGGGCCGCCCUGCACCGUGCCUGCUACCCCGAGCACCCAGCUCCCGCCGCGCAGGCCUGGUCCCGCCUGACGUGGGCACCGGCACUCAGAGCGGCGCGGCAGGGCCCCCGUCACGCGCCGGGCCCAGGCUGCACGGCAUCCGGUCGCCCCUCGUCACCGCGGACAGGACGCUGCUCCCACGGGACCUGGCCGGCAGCGCCCGCUGCUCUCCUGACUCAAUUCCCAGCUCCUCCACUUCCUGAAGCUUCCACCACCUGUCUGGGCCACAGAGCAGGGCCCUCCUCUGAUGUCGGCCCCUCCUGGGGUGCAGUGAGCCCUCCACACCCCGUUCCUCUGAGGUCCUGCAGAGGAUGAGACCCGCCCCCUGCUCCUGCAUUCUUCUGGUGGUGUGAAAAAUUAAGACUGGGGUUCCGGCCUCACGAACGCGGCCUCCCAGAGCCACAGGUCCCAGUCGGGCCUCACCGCUGAACACUCCGCGGCUCCUGCUGGCCGAGGGCCGCCUGACCAGAAUUAAAACCUCCGAGGCGCCCAUGAACGCCGUGGACACCGGCGUGGGAGCUGACGCCGGGCUAUGCACCAGGCGAGGAACUGACGGUGUCGAGAACACGGCACCCCCCGGGCCCACGCGCGUGAAAAGUUAAUGCUGCCCACAGCUGCUUCUCCAGCUUCUCUCUGAUUUUGCCACCGCAAAGCUCCACAGAGCAACUGGCCCCCAGGGCCCGUCCCGUGUGGGCUGCAAACCUGGCUGGCUCGGCCCCCGCGGGCCCGCACGCCCGCGCUGAAUUCCCUCCAGGAACCGCCCUCCGCUCCCCCUCCGCUCCCCUAGUUUUUCGUCAUGUUUGCACAGUCCAUUUGCAUUCUAAAACCCCGGGCUUCGCCCAGUCCAGGCCGAGCUCAGCUGCCGCCUCGCUCCAGGCAAGGAGUGCUCACUCCCUCGCUGGACAGGACACCAAGGUGGGGUCUGCUCCCUCGGGCCCCCGGGAAGCCGCCCCGUCACCACCGAAUGCGACACGUGGGGGGCCUUGCUCUGGGGCUGGGGGAGCGCAGUCCCCCGCGGCCCUCGUGGAGAGCCAGCCAUGUCCACUCAGCUCUUCUCCCCCUGGGCACUGGGCACGGGGCCGCUGUCUCUUCUGGGUCAAGCUGCUUGGGGUCCUCCCAUCUGCCAGCGGGCAUGAAAGAAAGUGUGGGGCACUGUGUUUGUGCCCAGUGGCAAGAUGCUGACCCCAGAGAAGAGGCUGCCCUCUGCCUCAGUUUCCUCACCUGUACACUAGACCCUCAGAGCUAGGUGGGAGGCCCAAGGGAAGGAAAAUGCUUCCAGCUGAGUCGGCUCCAGUCGGACGCGACACUUAGUUGUCACUGCUGUCACCCUUCGCCUGAAUUAAUAGGGCUCUCUGCUUGCUUCCUCUAGUGACGAGCCUGGAGACGCCGCGGGAGCCUGCUCCCCGUGAUCCAUGCGCCCCUGUUUUCUGUAUCACGCACAAUAAAGUCUGUGCAUG